AUGGCUCUCCUCGGCCUGUUUUCAAAGCGCGAUAAAUCACGACCGCCCCCGGACCCUGCCUCCAAAUCCACCACCUCCUCCACCUCCGACAGCGACCAGCUCUCCGUGCAGGCCUCUGUGCAGGCCAGCUCCGUCUACUCCGGCCCAAACGGCGCAUCGUCCAGCAAGCUGAUCCUCGGCUUCAGAGGCAAAAAGUCCCACCCUCCGCCGGGCCCGCACACAGACGACAACGGCUUCCUCCGCCCCCCAGACCUGAACUCGCACUCCCGCCCGCCCCGCUUCUCCUCCUCCAAGUCCGAGUCUGGCCACGACUACCUCGGCCCACCGCCUUCACGCUCUGACCUCUUCGCCGCCUACGCAGAGCCUAGCAGCGCGCGCUCCACCCGCUCGCUGCCCACGACGACUGAGCACAACCUCUCUCAUGCACGCACGAACUCCCGCGACGCCAUCUCCCUCAAUCCACAAGUCUCUCCAUCCAACACUGUGGUACCUGUGCCCCCACCAAAAAAGCACAGGGGCAUGUUCGCCUGGGCCACUCGCGAGCGCAAGAAGUCCAAGGUUGCCCCUCCCGACGUCGUGUCCCCGGACGACUCGUUCAACCUCAAGUCCUUCCGCCAUGUCCGUCCCGUGUCUCCCGGCCCCGGCGAGGUUCCGCGGCCGCCGUCUUCACUGUCCGUUGCUGGAAUGACGCCGCCGUCCCGACCGCGCGGCAGCAGCAUCGCUUCUGCGGACUCGUCGCAGCGCAUCAGCGUUGCCGCAUUUCGCGAAGCUGCACGUCGCAGCGCAGCCAACAGCCCAUCCCCAUCGUCCACAGAUCUCGCACGCGGCGACGUGUCGCCCGUCGUGCGUCCUCCUUCGGGUCUCUCGCAAGCCGCGUCUCCGCAAUCCGGCCGCCGUAGCAUGCCCCGCUCCCCGGUUUCUCCUACGUCGGACACGACGUCGUCAGAGUCGGAAGAGGAGGACGACGAAGCAGAGGAUUCGGCUGGUUCGUCCACACUCCGCCCGAAGCGCGCUACGAAUGCUGCAGCGUCGGGUACGCCAAGGUCUGUAGGCAAAGGCACGUCAAACGAGCUUGGACAUCGUGCGCGACCCACGCCGCCAAGAAUGACCCCGUCUACAUCGGUGCAGAGCUCGACCAGUGGACAGGAGAGCAUGUACAACCGCGCCCGCGCGUCGCAGUCGACGAGUGCGCUCAUGCCGAACGCUGCAGCGAGACGUGCGUCGAUGCUGGCUGCUGCCAAAGCGGUCUCCCAGGACGUAGCUGGCAAGAAACCUGCGCCCAAGGCGGAUACAAGCGAUGAUUCGUCAAGCGACAGUGACGACUCGGACGAUGCGCCCCUCGUGAGAUUCGUGCCGCCCAAGCGGCCAGGCAGUGCGAUGUCGAACUCGACUUCUGCGUCCCGCAGCCGUGUACCGCCCAAGCCACUGAUUGACAUCUCAGGGCUGGCACCUCCAUCAUUGUAUCAGCAGGCAUCGCCGAAUGACGAGAAGGCGCCCACGCCGCCGGCGAAGGAGAAUCUGAGCGGGAAGGAGCGCGAGCGCAACAAGGAGAAUAUCAAGGACAUAGGGAAGGAGAACGAACGAGGUAAUGAAGAGAAAGAGCUUGACAAGGAUAAGGAGAAGAGUUCGUUGUCGUCGACCGAGAAGCCGACCUUGAACGAUCGACUCGCUCGCCUCGCGCAGACCGUCGCGGGCGGACGCUCGUCGACCUCUCACGAGUUCCCGGCCAAGGACGACGACAAGGCCGGGCGCGGCCGCCAGCCGAAACGCAGCCAGACCGCGCCCGUCGAGCAGUUCGCCGCGUUCUCUGACCCCGCCCCAGCAGUCCUGCGCCUGCCGCCGUCGCCCGUCACCCCGCAGCCACCUUCGCCAACUAGACAGAAACAGAACGGGCGCUCGCUCUCGACCCCGAACGCGAUGGAAGGCGUCAAGGACCUCUCGGAUCCUGCGCCCAUCGUGCCCACGCCGAUCCGCGAACGAUCGCCCCCUCCUGCGUUCAGCGUGACGUCGCGUCCCGCGUCGCAGCUGAGCCUUGCAUCGCACACCCUCAGCCCGGCGAGCCUGUCUGGUGCAGCAGCGACGGUUCAGUCGCAGACCCAUUGGCAGGCACUCACGCAGUCGCAAAACACGUCGACGAUGCAGUCCCCUGCACCCUCGAUGCCUUCUGGCCGCGCCCCGCUCAUUCCAGACAACGGCAAGCCACCGUCAAGGGGUUUCACCGGCGGUGGCCUGCUCGCAAGCCCCUCGCCAAAUGCGCGCUCCUCACCUGCGCCGAGUUCACAAACGUCCAGCCCCGCUAUACGUGCAGCGCGCAGCCGUGCGGCCACCGUUGGCCAGAAGUCGCUCAAGCCCACGAUGGAAGAGACAGCAGCACCCGUGCCUGUGCGCCCCUUUGCGCUGCGGAACACAAGCUCCGGCAGCGGCGCGGGCGACGCGAGCAGCCGCGUGUCGUCUUCGUCGGUGUCUACGCUCUCCAACACCUCGUCUCCUGCGGCGGCGCCGGGUGCAUCGCGGAACUCUCAGCCACGCCUGCGUGCAAGCACGGUGGGCCCUCUGGGUGCCCCGCCGGUGAAGCCGUUCGCAGGGCCGGGCUUUCGAGGCAACAGCCCGGCAAGCUCGACGGGGGAGUCGAGCAGCGGGCGGACGCCGAUCACGCCUGUCGACGGGAGCGAGGUGAGCUACGCCCCGAAGGACCGGGAGCAGGGCAAGCGCAGAACCGACGCGACUGCGGCACGCAGAGCGCACAGAAAGAACGCGAGCGUGACGUUCAACGAGCCUGAGCGUGAGAGGGAGAGGGGCAGGGAUGCUCGGGAGGAGCAGAAGGAAGAGCGCGCGGCUGCGAGUGCGAGUGCAGAAGAGAGUCGGAGGCGGGAGCGUAGGAGAAGCGAGGCCAAGGCAGCGCUCGAGCUCGGUCGGAUUGUCAAUGGUCAUGGGCCUACGGUCAAUGACGAUGAUGACGACGAGGAUCGCCCGCUGAACAAUAUGCCGCCACGCAUGAGCAUGAUGUCCUCGAUGAUGGGCGGCCUUUCGCCCUCCCCGAUGGCUCCGAUGAAUCCGGGCAUGAACUCCGCCUCUCCUAUGCAAUGGCAAACACAGCCUGGUAUGCUCAGCCCUCAACAGUUCAUGUACCCCAAUAUGCCGCCAAAUGCAGACCCCGCCUUCCUUGCCGCGCACCAACAGGCCAUGAUGUUCGCCAAGCAGGCGUUCCAGAUGGCGGUCGCACAGCAAGCUAUGGCCGCCGCCGAGGAGGAAUGGGAGCGUGGCUCUACCGUCGCCGCAAGCAUGGUCGGUGGAUCGGGCGGACGCGGAUUUGGCACGCCCUCUAUGAGCCCGAUGUACCCGAACCAAGCGGGUUUCGGCAUGGGUAUGGGCGGCAUGGGUGGUAUGGGCAUGCCGAUGCAGGGCGGAUGGGGCGGGAUGAUGUUCCCGAACAGCGCGCAGUCUAUGUAUGCCGGCAGCGUCGCCGGUAGCGAGCUCGGCGUCAACGGACGGGGCGUGGGCUGGGGCUCGCGCAGCGCGUACGGCGACCCGAGCGGGAACGACCGCUCGUCGAUGGCGUUCCGCGGCUCAGCGUACGGUUUCCAGCCGGCCCCGAUGCCGUCCCGCCCAGAGUCGUUCGGGCAGGCGGGCCAGCAGAUCCGGCCGGGCCCUCGACCGCGCACACGCACAGCGCCAACAGGCGAUGCGCCGGCCGCGACGUCAGGUGCGAACAAACGCCAGCCACCGCCUUCCAGCUGGAAGGCCGAAGCUGCACCGCAUCCUGGACGCCACCAGGGCGGGGGUCGUGCGCUCUGGCGGCUCUAG